AGUCCUUCUCAUCUCACUGACCAGACCAGACCCAGAUCUAAACCAGGACUAGACCAGGACCAGACCAGGGACCAGACCAGGGACCAGACCAGGACCAGACCAGAGACCGGACUCAAGACCUACUUUCAGAGGAGUCAUGCUGUUCAAGUUUGCAGUGGAGAAAGCCAGAAAGCACCCGGGCCUGGUGCCGCAGGUCUUGUUCAUCUGUUUGGGGAUGGGCGGAGCUUUCGUCUACCUGCUCCGAUUGGCCAAGGGACCCCAUGUGACUUGGAACAAGACCAAGAACCCUGAGCCCUGGAACAAGCUGGAUCCCACGUAUCAGUACAAGUUCAUGGCGAUUACCACCGACUACAAGAACCUGAAGAAGGAGGGACCUGACUUCUGAACACGUCCCCAGCACUGCAGACGUCCUCAGAGACAUGUCCUUCACCUGUUCAUCACUGUGGGGCCUGUCUCUGACCCGUCCACUGUGUCCACAUCACAGACUGUAUCAAGAAGUGGAUGUCACAGGAUUCGGCUCCAGUCAAAUGAAGCUCACUAAGGCUGGCAGUUAUAGGAGCGGAUUUAGAGCCGAGUUCCAUAUCAGAAAUAGGAAUUGAUUUAUGGACAAAAUAGCAAAAUAAAAACACCAGGAUCAUGUAGUUCAGGUUAAUAUGAACAUUUUAAAACUGAAAUGACAAGGCUCACAGCAGCAGUUACAGAGAGAGGGGUGACAAUUUUUCAAUAAAAAGUCAAUUGGAGCCGGAAAUGGGUUCGUGUACCAUUUGUUCUUUUGAAUUUCAAUUAAGAACGAAAAACAAUACAAUGGGAAAACUGUUUGUUAUUUCAUUUUUUCAGUUUUAGUGUCAAACCUCUAUUUCCAAUAUUUUAUUUAAAGUUUAUUUCCAAUAACACCGAUCAAAAAACAGUCUUAGUGCUGGACUUUUGUGCCGUAUACAGACUGAACCAGGACUAAAACAGGUCUAAACCAGCUCUAAACCAGAAUUGAACCAGGACUAAACCAAGUCUGAGUCCCAGUCUAGUCCCGUUCUCAGUCCUGGUUUUAGUC